AUGAGACCCUCGGACCUGGUCCUCAAGGUUCGAGCCCCGAGCCUGAGCGAGGCCGACCCGCUGAAGCCGUCCUCCACCCUGGUGAGCUUCAUCUACCCGGCCCAGAACCCGGAGCUGAUGAGGAAGCUGUCGGAGAGGAAGAGCAACGUGCUGGCCAUGGACCAGGUGCCCCGGGUCACCAUCGCCGAGGGUUACGACGCCCUGAGCUCCAUGGCCAACAUCGCCGGGUCGCUGUCUAUCGUCCAGCACGCUUCCGGAUUGUGUUGCAUAGCAACGGGUAACCAACCAAAAUACUACUUCCGUUACACGUAUCUGUAUUUCCGGUGUCGAGGAAGCCGCUCGCGCGGAUCUACACGCUGUCGGAAAACGUUGUUAUUGCGAUUGAGUGACGUCAGCAACUGGAACAGAUCUGAGUUUUGGGCCCACGUCCUCCACCUGAACGCCUGAAGCGCCGCCAUGAGCAGCGAGGAGGCCGUGGAGCCGG